GCCAAUGGGGCCAAGCCACGGUGGCAGAACGCGAGGGGCGGGUGGAACGCAGCGGAGCCCAGUGUUCGGUCAGUAGAACGUUGGCAGCGCCAGGGUUCUCAGCAGCGCAGCAGCCCCGCGUCUGCCAUGGUGGCGCUACACGGUCCCGCGGCCCCGCGGCUGCUCCUCAUCCCCGGCCAAGCAGCCGAGCCCCUGGGCGCCGCGGCCGGCCGGCCCCUCGCCGUGGUGCUGCCGGCGGGGGGCCCGCGCUCCCCCAGCCCGGACCCCCAGCAGCCCGCCCGCAAGCGGCAGCGGCUCACCCACCUGAGCCCGGAGGAGAAGGCGCUGCGCAGGAAGCUGAAGAACCGCGUGGCGGCGCAGAGCGCCCGGGACAGGAAGAAGGCGCGGAUGAGCGAGCUGGAGCAGCAGGUGUUGGAGCUGGAGCAGGAGAACCAGACUCUCCUGCUAGAAAACCAGCUCCUGCGGGAGAAGACACGCGGCCUCGCAGUGCAGAACCAGGAGCUGCGCUGUCGGCUGGGGCUAGAUGCGCUGGAGACGGAGGAGGAGAGGGAGCCUAAGGUGGUUAUGGAAUCAGAGGUGGAUGAAAUCAGGAUGGUGACCGGGUCCGCUGAGCGCAGCACUCAGACUACGUGUUCCUCUGCAGCAGGUGCAGGCCCAGCAGUCACCCCUCCUGACAAUCUCCACAUGGAUUCUGGUGGCAUUGACUCUUCAGACUCUGAGUCUGAUCUGCUAUUGGGCAUUCUGGACAGCCUGGACCCAGACAUGUUCCUCCGGUAUGGUAAUUCAGAGUCAUCGUGCUUGGAAGAGCUUGAGGAAGAAAUCUGCAGAAAAGAAUCAAAUUCCUUACCAGCCUCCCCCACUCCCUCUAUGGGGUCCUCAUCAGCAAAGUUGGAGGCCAUUAAUGAACUGAUCCGGUUUGACCAUGUGUACACCAAGCCCCUAAUCUUUGAGAUCCCUGCUAAAAUGGGCAGCCAAGCUGAUAUGCUAAUGAAAAUUGAGGAAGCAUCUCUCUCUCCCUCAGAAGACAAGAACCUCCCUGAGUCCCCAGUCUCAGUGAAAGAGGAACCUAUAGACAACUUUUUGCCUGAGCUGGGUAUCUCAAACCUGCUCUCAUCUGAUCACAGCCUUGAGACCUCUUGCUGUCCAUUGGAUGCAUGUAGUGAUUCUGGAUAUGAAGGAUCCCCUUCUCCCUUCAGUGAUCUGCCCUCUCCACUGAGCACAGACCAUUCUUGGGCAGAUACUUUUGCCAAUGAACUUUUUCCCCAGUUGAUCAGUGUCUGAUUUAUUCAUUAGUGUUGCAUCUCUUCUGUGGAGCAACACUGUACAAUCUAUGCAAGGUAGCAGGAACCAUCUCCCCUUUUUCUUAAGCCAGAAGUAAAGUAGAUGGCUAUUUCUUAAAGAACAUUGCUUUUUAAAGUGUUUUCACCAAACCAAGUAUUGCUAAUUUGUGCCCAUCUCAGACUCAGAAUAAAACUGGGUAGAAUGGUA